AAGGGCUCUGGUUUGUUUGCAUUUGUCAGGAAACAUGUGCGCCACGCUGGCCGCCGCCCUACCAGGCCUGCUCGCCGGCGCCGGAGGACAAGGCGGGAUCAUGAUGAAACCUUUCCUGCAUUUUCCUGUCAACAACAACACCGCUGCUCCACCUGCGCCUCAUCUUUUCCCAAAUUUCAACGCGAUGGACCCGGUGCAGAAGGCGGUGGUCAAGCACACGUUCGGCGGCCGCGGAGGCGGGGCCAAGGCGAGGAGGAGCACGCAGCCGGUCAACUGCGGCGUCUGCCAGAUCAAGUUCAACUCGGAC